AUGGUCACCAAAGUCGAGGUCGUCGAGCUGAAGUUUGCCAAAGUCAAGGUCGUCAAAGUCAAGGUAACCGAAGUCGAGGUCGUCGAAUUAGAGGUCGUCAAAUUCAAGAUCUUCGACUUGGAGGCUGUCCAAAUCAAGGUCGUCGAAUUAGGGUUUGUCGAAGUCGAAGUCUUCGAAGGCAAGGUCGUCAAAUCAGAGGUCGUCAAAUUGAAGGUUGUCAAAUUGGAGGUCGUCGAAGUCAAGCUCUUCGACUUGAAGGUCGUCGAAGUCAAGGUCAUCGAAGUCAAGGUCGUCCGACACGAGGUCAUCGAAGUCAAGGUCGUCGAAGUCCACGUCGUCGAACUGAAGAUUGACAAAGUCAAGAUCUUCGAAGUCAUGGUCACCAAAGUCGAGGUCGUCGAGCUGAAGUUUGCCAAAGUCAAGGUCGUCAAAGUCAAGGUAACCGAAGUCGAGGUCGUCGAAUUAGAGGUCGUCAAAGUCAAGAUCUUCGACUUGGAGGCUGUCCAAAUCAAGGUCGUCGAAUUAGGGUUUGUCGAAGUCGAAGUCUUCGAAGGCAAGGUCGUCAAAUCAGAGGUCGUCAAAUUGAAGGUUGUCAAAUUGGAGGUCGUCGAAGUCAAGCUCUUCGACUUGAAGGUCGUCGAAGUCAAGGUCAUCGAAGUCAAGGUCGUCCGACACGAGGUCAUCGAAGUCAAGGUCGUCGAAGUCCACGUCGUCGAACUGAAGAUUGACAAAGUCAAGAUCUUCGAAGUCAUGGUCACCAAAGUCGAGGUCGUCGAGCUGAAGUUUGCCAAAGUCAAGGUCGUCAAAGUCAAGGUAACCGAAGUCGAGGUCGUCGAAUUAGAGGUCGUCAAAGUCAAGAUCUUCGACUUGGAGGUUGUCCAAAUCAAGGUCUUCGAAACGGCGGUUGGCGAAGCCAAGCUUGUCAAAUUAUAG